GCUGCUUCUGAUUGGAAAUAACAACCAAUAAUCAAUUUUCCUAAUUAUUAAUUAGUAUAGUAUUCAACUUUAGCUUACGCUAUAACAACUAAAUAUCUAUCCUUACAAACAGUUGGUGUAAAUCAAAUUGUUUUCAUGAUACAUCUGGAGCUAAAUUAACACUUUUUCCUGAACUUGGAACAAGAUUUUGUGGGCUUCUGCUCCAGAUUGAAUUUAUUUUUCUCUUCUUUGAUAAUUUUGGUUCUUGCUUUUUGAGGAGAGAAAAUUUGAUGGGAUCUUCCAGCAGUGCGCCAAAACGAGCUAACCGCAUUCCUCAGCGAGAUGGUUAGUGGAUUCUAACCUUGUGUUUCAGAUGACCACGUCAACAUGGCCCCGCCCCUCAACAUCGAUGAAAACAUAUUUGAUCUCUCCUCGAAGAGAGAUUCAAUCAGUGAGAUAAGGACGUGCAUGCCUGAAUUCAGAGUUGAUGGGGCAGAGACAACAUCAGAAAAUGUUGGAGAAGAAGAAGACGAAGUUGAUGGGGUGGAGACGUCAUCAGAAAAUGCUGGUGAAGAGGAAGAAGACUAUGAAGAUAUGGGAGUUGAUGGGGCGGAGACGACAUCAGAAGUUGUUGGAGAAGAAGGAGAUGACGAAGAUAAAUAUAUGGAAGAGCUUAAGGGGUAUAUUUGUAGUACGUUUUGGGAAGAACUAUCGACUGUCUUAAUCACAGGCAUGGCAGGUAUUGGAAAGACAACUCUUGCUAGACAAGUAUACAACCACCCACACGUCGUUGCUCAAUUCAAGGGCCGUGCUUGGGUGUGUGUUACUGGCUUGACUGGGAAAGAGGUACUUAUGAAACUAAUACGACAGGUCGUAUAUAGUAAGAAACUCGAAGGAGAUUCCUUGUUAGAGAAAAUGGAUCGUAGAGACAAGAAAAGUCUCCAAGAGAUGCUUCACCAACACCUGAAAGGAAAGCGAUAUUUGAUAGUUCUCGACGACGUGCACAAAGAAAUGAUCUGGGAAUCUAUCUGGGAAGGUCUUCCACAUGAAAAAAAAAGUAGUAAAUUGCUGCUCACGAGUCGCAGUAAGAAUACACGAAGAGACCCCUUCUCUUCGGAUGAGAUGGAAAGUCGUAUCCAUUAUGCUUAUCGGAUGCAACCUCUAAAUCCUGAGGAGAGCUGGCGAUUUUUUUCUAAAACAAUAUUUUGUGGCAUUGAUAAAUCGCACGAAUUCCCAAAGCAUUUGUUGAAAAUGGGGAGAGACAUGUUGACACUAUGUGGCGGUGUGCGGUUAGCUAUAAAAGAGAUGGGAAUGCAGUUAGCAGAAAAGAGACGGUCAGGGAUUGAAUGGGAACAGCUUCUUCAACCGACUCGUUGCAAUGCAAUUUUGGAGGCUAUCAUGUUAAUGAUAAUACAAAGGCUAGACAGCCGUUCAGAUUGGGUUUAUCUGGAAGAGGUGAUAAAUGUCCUUAAAAUGAUGGUGGAUUUCGUGAGAGACAAGGAAUUGGAAGAGGGAAGCAGGCUGUAUUAUUUCAUAUGCGACGUCGUCGACAUGGCUCACUAUCUUGGGGAGAAUAGGCCCAUUUCUAAAAACUAGCACAUAUGACGUGCG